GCUCCAGUUGUUGGUGAGUUAGACGGCCACCCGAAAAUGCCUGAUGGCAUUUCCCCCAAAACUGUAGUAAUUUCCCCGGAGAUCAGACCUAAGAUAAACCUAAUUCUACUUUUUUUGAUCAUCACAUCAGGCACUCUGACCUUGUCUGUCCGAGAUCGCGAAGUGGACGCUGCCACCUCGCACGCCACUGACACGGUGAAGCACUACCGUGUGAAACAGUUCGGUGGUGGCGGUGGUGGUUUCUACAUCUCUACAAAACGCGGUUUCUCCAGUUUGCGUGAUCUCGUUGAGCACUACUCGGCAGAGGCAGACGGUCUUUGUCGACGCCUCACUCGUGCCUGUCCUCGACCUCCUCCCCUGACUUCUGACCUUUCUGUGCAGACAAAGGAUCACUGGGAGAUCCCUCGAACCUCCAUCACCCUGUUGCAACGUCUUGGUGCGGGGCAGUUUGGAGAGGUUUGGAAAGGUAUUUCAGUAGCGGUAAAAAUGCUAAAGCCGGGUGCCAUGUCAACGGAGGAGUUCCUCAAAGAGGCACGAAUCAUGAAAGCAGCCCGACAUCCACGAUUGGUGCGACUCUACGCGGUGUGCGUUGAGGAUCCCAUCUACAUUGUCACCGAGCUGAUGCCUCAUGGUAGCCUCCUUUACUACCUUCGUGAUGGUCCUGGACGCCAUCUCACCCUCCGACCGCUAAUCGAUAUGAUGGCACAGAUCGCUAGCGGAAUGGCCUAUCUAGAACGCGAGCGCUACAUCCACCGCGAUCUAGCAGCACGGAACAUUCUGGUAGGUGAGAACAACGCCGUGAAGAUCGCGGACUUUGGACUGGCGCGGAUGGUUGUGGAGGAGCGCUAUGAGACGUAUGUCGCACAGAAUGGCACCAAGUUACCCAUCAAGUGGACCGCCCCAGAGGCUGCACUCUCGGGUCGCUUCACAGUGAAGUCGGAUGUCUGGUCCUUUGGCAUUGUCCUCUACGAGAUUAUCACCCAUGGACAGGUGCCCUAUCCCUCCAUGAACAACACGGAGACUCUAAAUCAAGUGAGCUCCGGUUACCGUAUGCCUCGUCCGUCUGCCUGUCCCGAGGGCGUCUACGAGGUGAUGCUUCAGACCUGGGACGCUACUCCGGAGCGUCGACCUACCUUUGAGUACCUGUGUGCUUACUUUGAGGAGUACUUUACGAACUGUGGCAGACUGUGA